CCUGUGUUUGGUUAAAUUAGAUUUGCAGGGAUGCACUGAUUGUCAUGGGGGUUGGCUGCUAAAUGAGGAUCCUGGGAGUGGUAGUUUGAUAAGAGCUAGUGAAAAGCAAAUAAAGUUCAGCAACAGGUUUGUUUACAGUCUGUGAAAGUUUCUGUCUUUGUCCAGACACCCCUGUCCCCCUGUUAGUCUUGAGCAAGAGCAGCAGCAGCAGCUGUAAUUGUGUGAUUGUGGCAGCAGCCCUGGCACGCAAUGUGUCCCUAACACAGGCUUUCUUUCCUUUUUCCUGACAUUCACUGGAGGGGAUGAAGGAGGGGAUAGCACUGUUGGGGGUGGGUGAUGGGGGAAAGAGGCUGGUUUAAGGAUGCAGGGGCUGGAGUCACAUGGAUACACUCUUUUGAUUAAUGCCCAAAUUUCCUGAGCUCUCAGACCCCUGGAAAUACACAGGCUUUGCUGUAGGACAACUUCUACUUUUUUCUUUUAAAUAAGAAAACUUAAAAAAAUCUAUAGAGGAAAACUUGUAUUCUUUGGAGAUUUGUUUUAAACCUAGGCAUGGUUUACAAGGAGCAGGCAAGGAUCCUGUAGGUUUUGGAGUAACGCAAUUGGAUAAGUUUUGCACCCAGAUUGCGCUGCCCCAGUGCCCAGAACGCUCAGAAAUGACAGAGGAGAGUAAAGGAGGAGAACAUGGGAAGGAGCUGGAGAGGCAUCUGCGUCUGAGGGUCUGUGUUCUGAACGAGCUGCUAAAGACUGAGAGGGACUAUGUGGGCACCCUAGAGUUCCUUGUGUCGGCAUUUUUUCAUCGAAUGAUGCAGUAUGCUGCUUUGAAAGUUGAUAAGAAUGUUACAGAAGAGACUGUUAAGAUCCUAUUCUCCAACAUUGAGGAUAUUCUCGCUGUACAUAAGGAGUUUUUGUCCUUAAUUGAAGACUGCUUGUACCCUGAGCCAAAUGCACUCCAGGAAGUGGGGAACUGCUUUCUACGAUUUAAAGAGCGUUUUGCAAUAUAUGAUGAAUACUGCAGCAACCACGAGAAAGCUCAGAAACUUCUGCUUGAACUCAACAAAAUACGAACAGUGAGGACAUUUUUACUGAAUUGCAUGCUAUUAGGAGGAAGGAAGAACACAGAUGUUCCACUGGAAGGUUAUUUAGUUGCACCGAUCCAGAGAAUCUGCAAGUAUCCACUUCUUUUGAGGGAGUUACUGAAGAGGACUCCAAAGAAACACAGUGACCAUGUAUAUGUGGUGGAUGCUCUCCAAGCUAUGAAAGCUGUUUGCACUAACAUCAAUGAGGCCAAGCGACAGAUGGAAAAACUGGAAGUCCUGGAGGAAUGGCAGUCCCACAUUGAAGGAUGGGAGGGGUCCAGCAUCACUGAUACUUGUACGGAUAUGCUUAUGCACGGAGUCUUGCUAAAGAUCUCAUCUGGAAAUAUCCAGGACCGAGUCUUUUUUCUAUUUGACAACCUUUUAGUGUACUGCAAAAGAAAACAGAGGCGUUUGAAGAAUAACAAAGCAUCUACAGAUGGUCACCGCUAUAUUUUCCGAGGUCGAAUCAACACAGAAGUGAUGGAGGUGGAGAAUGUUGAUGAUGGAACAGCUGAUUUUCACAGCAGUGGAAACAUGGUUGUCAAUGGUUGGAAGAUACAUAAUACAGCCAAGAACAAAUGGUUUGUCUGCAUGGCGAAGACCCCAGAGGACAAACAAGAAUGGCUGGAGGCUAUAUUAAAGGAGAGGGAACGUCGGAAAAGCUUGAGACUUGGCAUGGAACAAGAUACCUGGAUGAUGAUAUCUGAACAAGGAGAAAAACUCUAUAAAAUGAUGUGCAAACAUGGAAAUCUGAUCAAAGACAGGAAAAAGAAGCUCACUUCAUUUCCAAAAUGUUUUCUUGGAAGUGAAUUUGUUGAUUGGUUACUGGAAAUUGGAGAAAUCCACAAAUCAGAGGAAGGAGUGAAUCUUGGACAGGCCUUAUUGGAGAAUGGCAUCAUUCAUCAUGUCACUGAUAAGCACCAGUUUAAGUCAGAACAGAUGCUGUACAGAUUUCGCUAUGACGAUGGGACAUACUAUCCAAGGAAUGAACUGCAUGACGUAAUUUCCAAGGGCGUAAGGCUGUAUUGUCGUCUUCAUAGUCUGUUUACACCAGUAAUUCGAGAUAAAGACUACCAUCUAAGAACGUACAAAUCUGUUGUUAUGGCAAACAAGCUUAUAGACUGGCUUAUUGCCCAGGGAGACUGCCGAACAAGAGAGGAAGCCAUAAUCCUUGGGGUGGCAUUAUGCGACAAUGGAUUUAUGCAUCACGUCUUGGAAAAAAGCGAGUUUAAGGAUGAACCUCUUCUAUUUCGAUUCUUUUCUGAUGAAGAAAUGGAAGGAUCGAACAUGAAGCACCGGCUUAUGAAGCAUGAUCUUAAAAUAGUUGAAAAUGUUAUUGCAAAGUCUUUAUUGGUAAAACCCAGUGAUGGGGGCUAUGGCUUUGCUCUGGAAGACAGAAAUAAGGUGCCCAUUGUGAAGUUCCUGGAACGGGGUUCCAAUGCUGAGUUGUCAGGGAUGGAAGUUGGGAAGAAAAUCUAUGCCGUAAAUGGUGACCUUGUGUUUCGGCGACCUUUCCCUGAAGUGGAUUGCUUCCUGAAGACUUGCUUGAACAACAGAAAGCCACUGAGAAUCCUCAUGAGCACAAAGCCGAGAGAGACUGUAAAAAUUCCAGAUUCUCCUGAAGGCCUCGGCUUCCAGAUAAGAGGGUUUGGUCCAUCUGUGGUCCAUGCUGUUGGAAGAGGGACAGUAGCAGCUGUGGCUGGCCUUCAUCCUGGGCAGUGCAUCAUUAAAGUGAAUGGUAUUAACGUAAGCAAGGAGAGCCAUGCAAGUGUCAUUGCCCAUGUCACAGCCUGCAGGAAGUACAGACGCCCAAUGCAGCAAGACUCUAUACAGUGGAUAUAUGAUAGCAUUGAGAGCGCCAAGGACGAAAUUCUGAAAACAAAUCACACAAAGCCAUCAGGGGAUAAUGAAGGGGAUGGCUUUGACUGUAAAGUUGAAGAGGUGAUUGACACGUUCAGCACCAUGGCCAUCAUUGAUGGGAAGAAGGACCAUGUGAGCCUCACAGUUGAUAAUGUCCAUCUGGAGUAUGGGGUUGUUUAUGAAUAUGACAGCACUGCGGGUAUCAAAUGCCACGUCGUAGAGAAGAUGGUUGAACCCAAAGGCUUCUUCAGCUUGUGUGCCAAGGUCUUGGACUCCCUGGCAAAAAGUGAUGAGCAUUUUGUGCAAAACUGCCAUAAUCUGAACUCGUUGUAUGAUGUCAUUCCUGUGGAACUUCAAAGUAAAUUCACAUUCAUCUGCAGAGAGAAAGUGGAGCACAUCUACCAACGGGUUACAAGCUACAGAAAGUUUUCCAGAGUACUAAAAAACAGAGCCUGGCCAACCUUCAAACAAGCAAAGACAAAGACCUCACCUUUGCAUAGCAGUGACUUUUGCCCAACAAACUGCCACAUCAAUGUCAUGGAAGUCUCGUACCCCAAAACAUCUACAUCUCUUGGCAGUGCUUUUGGGGUUCAGCUAGACAGCAGAAGGCAGGCCUCACAGGACAAGGAGAAGAAGCAUGCUGAACAAGGGAAACUUAAACCAAUGGUGUAUGCCCAGCACACAAUAACAACUAUGGCUGCACCAUCAGGACACUCUCUUGGACAACGAGACGGCCAUGGCCUACGUUACCUGCUUAGAGAUGAAGAUCUAGAAACACAAGAUAUCUACCAGAAGUUACUGUGCAAACUGCAAUCAGCACUGGUUGAGGUGGAAACUUGUGUUGCACAGAUUGAUGACCUUCUGUCUUCAAUAACCUGUUCUCCCAAGCCGGAACAUAAAACAGAGAUGCUGAUAAAUUCAGAGUGUGAUAAUGAAAAAGGAGAGAAGAAUGGCAAGCGGGUCUGUUUCAAUGUGGCUGGUGAGGAGCAGGAAGAUUCGGGGCAUGACACCAUCAGCAACAGAGAUUCCUACAGUGAUUGCAACAGCAACAGAAACUCCAUUGCUUCGUUUACAAGUAUCUGCAGUAGCCAGUGCAGUUCCUACCUCCACAGUGACGAAAUGGAUUCCGGUGAUGAAUUGCCCUUAGGUGUACGCAUUUCACAUGACAAGCAAGACAAGCUGCAUAGCUGUUUAGAACAUCUAUUUAGUCAGGUUGAGUCAAUAACUUUACUUCUGAGGGGACCAGCUGUUGCGAGAGUCUUUGAGCAGACCAAAUAUUUCACACCGGGUCGAGGCUUACAAGAAUUUCAGCACGAGAUCGAGCCGAAAUUAAGCUGCCCAAAGAGAUUACGGCUUCAUAUUAAACAAGACCCUUGGAAUCUACCAAGCAGUGUCCGCGUGCUUGCGCAGAACAUGAGGAAACUUGUGGAAGAAGUGAAAACCCGGAUUCUUCUGGCUUUACUUGAAUACUCAGACAGUGAAAUCCAGCUACGGAGGGACAUGGUAUUUUGCCAAAGCCUAGUGGCUACUGUCUGUGCUUUCUCUGAGCAACUGUUGGCAGCGCUAAACCAGAUGUUUUACUACAACAGAGACUAUGAUGAGGAUACACGGGAGGCCAGCAAAAGGUGGCUGGAGCAGAUUGCUAACGCCGGUGUUCUCUUCCACUUCCAGUCUCUUCUUUCUCCAAAUCUGACAGAUGAACAGUCUAUGCUAGAAGAUUCUCUUGUUGCAUUGUUUGAUUUGGAAAAGGUUAUGUUUUACUUCCGACAAUCUGAACCAGGACCACUCGUUCCAAAUGUGCCUAUAACCUAUCAAGUAGAAGGCAGCCGUCAAGCCAUGAAAGUAUACUUUAACAUUGACAGUUACCACUUUGAUCACCUCCCACAAAAGCUCAAAAACGGAGGUGGCUUCAAGAUCCAUCCUGUUCUGUUCUCUCAAGCCCUGGAGAGCAUGGAUGGUUAUUAUUACAAGGACAAUGUUUCCAUUGAAGAAUUUCAAGCUCAGAUUAAUGCUGCGUCGCUAGAGAAAGUCAAGCAGUAUAAUCAGAAGCUGAGAGCCUUCUACUUGGAUAAGUCAAAUCUUCCUCCAAAUACUACGUCUAAGGCUGCGUUCAUUGACAAGUUAUUGAGGUCACUCAAUGCCUUGGAUGAACUGUAUCGGCUGGUAGACUCAUUUAUUCAUUCUAAACGAACGGCAGCCUGUGCCUACACAGCAUGCAGCGCCUCAGGAGUUGGAUUGCUCUCAGUGGCUUCGGAACUUUGCAACAGGCUUGGAGCGUGCCAUGUCAUAAUGUGCAAUAGUGGCGUACACCGCUGCACUUUAAGUGUGACCCUGGAGCAGGCUCUUAUACUUGCCAGAAGUCAUGGACUGCCCCCACGCUAUAUCAUGCAAGCCACAGAUGUCAUGAGGAAACAGGGUGCAAGGGUUCAGAAUACGGCCAAGAAUCUUGGAGUGAGAGACAGAACUCCUCCAGAUGCUCCAAGAUUAUACAAGCUAUGCCAACCACCACCGGCUGAUGGAGAGCCCUAAAGGUGCAGAAGAUAUGAAGCACCUGUCUGUAUGAAACGGGAGAAGAAACCAUGAAGAGCCUACUGUAAAAUCUUCUUCCAGACGACAGACGUAGGAACCGUAGUCCCAUGAUCUGCACUAGCCACAUGGGAAAGAGACAGUAUUAUUCUAACCACAAGCUAUUCAGAUCUCUGUACGCCAAUGGCAACCACAGACACUGGAAACAGUGCGAGCAGCACUUAAGGAUUGGAAAUAUUCACAAGGGACAAUGGAUAUUUGAAAAUUGAGGAUUAACGAUGAUGGAACACAAAGUAUCUAGUGAUAUUUUAGUUUUGUAUUCAAGGUGACAUUAAUAUCGCAAACAUUAUUUUAACUGUAAGUGACUAAUUUGUUACAUUUCAGAGAGAGAAAGAGCAUUUGUAUUCACAUGAUUCUUAAUAAAAUGCAACAUUUGCCCCAUUAGAAGAUUUUGGGUCAUUGGCAUGAACACUGCAGUUUAGUCUCUGGUGGCCAGAAUGAAAAAGGGGACUAAACAUGGCUUGCUCAUGACAAACAAGGAAAUAAAAGAAUUUUUAAACGCAUGCAUUCCUGUGCAGAGUAGCCAUCAGCCCCCAAAUAGCUUCUGCUAAUGCACCAGAGCACCAUUCUCACAGCCUUAAGAGCAAUAGCAUCAAAUGGGCAGUAACUAGAUCAAUAUCGUUUAUUUGAGUGACUCUAGUUAUUGAUUGUAUACGGAUUGAAAAUAAAGACAGCCCUAAUUAUA